ACAUAAGUGGGCCAGCUUUAAAAAAUGAGUCCUGUCCCACCUGAUAGAUUCUCAAUAGCACCGUUGUGUUAGAAGGAGCCUGAGUGACUUGAGACAAGCAUUCAGGUGCUUGAGAUUUCUUAUCAAGCUUUUGUUCAUCUUGUGACCCAAAAAAUCAAUCUCACGGAGCGUCUGAAGAAAGUGUGACCAAGGCUUUACAGCUUUGAGUUCAGCAUGUACGGCCUGCUGUGUGAGAGUCUGCACGACUUCAUUAAGGAGUCGUAUGGGGACGACGUGUGGAAGCUGGUGAGGGAGAGGGCAGACGUCCGACUGCACUCCUUUGUCACACACCAGGUCUACAGUGAAAGUGUAAUCCCACGCAUAGCCAAAGCAGCGAGUGGUGUCACAGGCACUCCCUAUAAUGAGCUGAUGAACUCCUGGGGCGUUUACUUUCUGGGCUUUGUAGGGAAGUAUGGUUAUGACCGCAUUCUGAAGGUAUUGGGUCGUCAUGUGCGUGACUUUGUUAAUGGUCUAGAUAACCUGCAUGAGUAUCUGCGCUUCAGUUACCCUAAAGUGCAGCCACCCACCUUCUUCUGCCAGGAGGAGUCUGCUACCGGAGUCACACUGCACUACAGGAGCAAGCGAAAAGGCUACCUGCACUAUGCUAUGGGUCAGCUGAGGCAGAUGGGGAAACAGUUCUACGACACAGACAUCCAUGUGGAGGUUCUUUCUGAGCAGCUGGUGGGAGAUUAUUCUCACGUCACUAUGAGAUUGAACUUUGAUAACUCUGCUUACCGCUACAUCCAGAAAGAGGAUGAAGAAGAGCAGGAGAUCCUGCCAAUCACUAGUGACUUCUUCUUUGAGGUGUUUCCCUUCAAUAUUGUGUUCAGACAGGACAUGGUGGUGCACAACGUUGGCUCUGGUUUGGCCACUGUCUUUCCUGAUCUGGAUGGGAAGAAGAUUAACGAUGCUUUCCUCCUGGCACGCCCCCUGGUGGAGUUCACCUGGAACAUGAUCAUUUCCCACCCUAACAACCUGUUUGAAAUCAUGUCUAAGGAGCCUGUGAAGAGGGAACGAAACCUUCAUAAUAGAGUCCAGAACUCUGAUUAUGAGAACGCUAAUCGCUCUGCUGAUGUAGAUGUGGAGCUCAUGGCCUUCCAGUCCAUCAUCGGAGAUGACUACAAAGAUGGAAACAGUGCCAAUGCCAUGGAGAGCUGGGGUGAUGGAAGCCGCUGCCUCAAACUGAAAGGCCAGAUGAGAUACAUGCCUGAGUGGGAGUCCAUCAUCUUCCUGGGAACACCUGUAAUGGAGAGCCUGAGUGCUAUGUUUAAGACCGGGCUCUACAUUAACGACCUGAGCAUGCAUGACUCCAGCAGAGACUUGGUGCUGGCAGGCACCCAGCAAUCUGAAGAGCUCAAACGGGCUCUCAUACAGGAGCAGAAGAAAUCGAGCAAGCUGGAGGAAAGCAUGAAGAUGUUGGAUUAUGAGAUGAAGAAGACAGACGACCUGCUGUACAGGAUGAUUCCCAAACCUGUGGCUAAGAGGCUGCGCAAGGGAGAGCCUGCAGUGAACACGUGUGAGGUGUUCCCGGAUGUGACCAUCCUGUUUAGCGAUGUAGUGGGCUUCACACGCAUCUGUAGCCACAUCACUCCCAUGCAGGUGGUGUCCAUGCUCAACACCAUGUACACACUGUUCGACACACUCAGUGAGAAACACAGAGUCUUCAAGGUUGAAACUAUUGGAGAUGCUUACAUGGUCGUAGCAGGAGCUCCAGAGAAGACUAAGUACCACGCCCAUAACAUCUGUGACAUGGCCUUGGACAUGGUGCGCUCCAUUGACCAUCUCAAAGACCCAUCUAACGGAAACAACAUUCAGAUCCGAGUGGGCAUCCACUCUGGAAUGGUUGUCGCUGGGGUCGUAGGUCACAAAAUGCCUCGCUACGGUCUUCAUGGUGAUACGGUCCACACGGCGUCUGCCAUGGAAAGCAAUGGAAAGGAGAUGCACAUCCAGCUCAGCAGCGCCACCUAUGAGCACUUGAAGGGCAGUCACUUUAUCUUCGAGAGACGUGGAACAAUAACAAUUAAGGGUAAUGUGGAGAUCGAGACGUAUUGGCUGAAGGGGAAGAGGGAUAAAGACGGGAACGCGCAGGCUGCCUGCCCUCAGUUUGAGGCUCAAACCAUCAGUAAGGCUGCCAUCUCAGCCGCCGAGCCCCCUAUUGAUGAAGAAGAACUGGUGUUCCCGUCAGUAACAGGUGAGGAUGAAGAUGACGUGAAGUCGAUCCGCUCUCACCGUAUUAAAAUGGAAACAUCCGGCAACUCUCUGGAGGAGUCCAUGGAAGAGGGCCGUGUGGAGGAGUUGUCUGUCAGCAAGGUUGGGGAUGGUGGUCUCCAGGACCCUCACAUCGAGAUGGACUCUCCAGACUUUGAUGGCCGGGACUCCAUCAUGCAGUCUCCGGAAGGUUCCUGUGACUCUCGCUGCUCAGAGAAAAGCACAAUGUGUUCCAUAUCCUGAAACAGAUGCUAUUAGACUCAUUCUAACCCUGAUUUUGGCCUGCAUUAAUAUCAGUUUAGUUUAGUAUGUGACUUUUUCAGUGAAGGCACUUAGAACAGAUUUAUGGGAGUUGCUCUCCAGAGAAGCUCUGUAUACUGGAGUUGUAAUAUACAGUACAUUAAUACACAUUACUGUAACACUCAUUUUGUCUUUGUUACAACACUUGCCACACAACAACUUUGUCUUGAUGUUACACUUUUACGUAUAAGAGCUGUAGGAUUGUCUUUAGACUACAAUCUUUUAUUUCUUAGUAAGUUUUAAUGUACUAUUCUUGAGAGUUUUACUGUUAACAAGUUGUGAAUUCAAAAUGAACUAUUAAAUCAGAGUUACUGUUAUUUGUGUCUAAAUUUAGUAAAAUGUAAUAGUACACAGUAUAUGAUCAGCCAGAACAGAAAACUUCAAUGAGGACAAAAGGAAGUUGGGACUUGAUCGAGAUGAAAUAAACCACUUUUACUGACUGAAUUUAAUUCUUAAUUACAAAACAUUUUUGGUAUAGCACGUGUCUGUACAUCGUUGUUGUUGUUUUUGUGCUACAUUGUUGUUUUGUUAAUUAAACAUUUACCUGAAAUACAUAC